UCCUCCCUCUCGCUAUUUAUUCCUCCGCGGAGCUCCGUGGCUGAAUCGCCUCGGAGCGAGCGGUGCAGCGAGCUCCCAGCCGCCAUGGCCAGGCUCCUCGGCACCUGCUGCCUGCUGCUGCUGCUCCUCGGCGUCUGCACCGACGUCGCCUUCUCCAAGAAGGGCAAAGGCAAACCCGGCUGGGGCACAGGGAGCCACCGCCAGCCCAGCUACCCCCACAACCCCGGUUAUCCCCACAACCCCGGUUAUCCCCACAACCCGGGCUAUCCCCGCCAGCCCGGCUACCCCCAGAACCCCGGCUACCCCCACAACCCGGGCUACCCGGGCUGGGGACAGGGCUACAACCCGUCCAGCGGAGGAAGCUACCACCAAAAGCCGUGGAAGGCCCCGAAACCCAAGACCAACUUCAAGCACGUGGCGGGGGCGGCGGCGGCGGGGGCCGUGGUGGGCGGGCUGGGGGGCUACGCCAUGGGCAGGGUGAUGUCGGGGAUGCACUACAGCUUCGACAGCCCCGACGAGUACCGCUGGUGGAACCAGAACGCCGCGCGCUACCCCAACCAGGUCUACUACCGCGACUACCAGGGCCACGUGCCGCAGGACGUCUUCGUGGCCGACUGCUUCAACAUCACCGUCACCGAGCACAACAUCGGCCCGGCCGCCAAGAAGAACGCCUCGGAGGCCGGCGCGGCCGCCAACCAGACGGAGGCAGAGCUGGAGACCAGGGUGGUGACCAAGGUGAUCCGCGAGAUGUGCAUCCAGCAGUACCGCGAGUACCUCCUGGCCUCGGGCAUCCGGCCGCACCUCGCCGACGCCUCCCUCGCCGCCCUCCUGCUCCUCGUCCUCUUCGCCCUGCACUAGAGCGCCCCGGGUCCCGCGGCUUCGAGAUGUCACCCGUGUCCCCGUGGGGUCCCCCCGGCCCCCCCGUUCUCGCUUGCGGUCGUUCUUGGUGAAGAGCCCCUGGGGCGCUCCCCGGAGUCUCCGGCUUAGGCAACGGGAUGCAAAUUUCCUUCUCCGCCCCAACCAGGACAGGACAGCGCUGGAGCCGGACGCCCGAAAACGUGGCCUUCACCACCUCCUCCUCCUCCUCGGGGUCACCCCGAGAGGGACCAGGCAGAGGGGAGCUCUCCUUGGCAUCCCUGCGAGAGCAUUUCCAAAAAUCCUCUUCGCUAACAGGCAGGGUUUUAUCCCCUCAGUCCCGCUGCCACCACGCCCUCCCUUUCCCUGGGGUACCCCAGCACCUCUGGGGAUUUCGGAGGGGCAGCUGUGGGGUUUUCAAGCUGCCAGGCUGCAAUUUGAGCCCUUUAACCCCCAAAACCCCUUCCCCGUGUACAUAAGGAGCUGCUGCUCCGCACCCUGCAUGCUGCAAAAACCUCCUGCAGCAGCACACCAAAAUAAAGUCAUUUUUUAUUCCCCGCCACUGCGAGCCUGAAGCACCAGUCAGUCUUGAAAGGCAGAAAGCACUGCUGAACGCCCCAAACACCCCCAAAAUGGUGUGUCCCAGCCCGAGAAAAAGCUAUUUUGGAUGCUCUAGGUGACAAGUCACGUUCAUGCUUCAGCACCUUGGCCUACAGGACGUUAAAAUGCAGCAAAAAGGAUUCUCAGGGGGGUCGAGCACGGAGCAAGAGACUGAAAUCAGCUAAAUAACACCGGACCAGCAAACAGCAUCAGGAAAAACGGGCCUGGGAAGGGAGAUGCUUAAAAAACAUCACAUUUGUGAGUAAUUCCUCUGACCUGUGGAAGCAAUGGGUGAAAUUCUUGCUUCUCGUGUGCUGGGUUGAUGCCGGGCUGGGGCCGAGCUGUAACAUCCGUGGCGCUGCGCUUGCCGAGCCGAGCUCUGUUUAAUAUCUCUCGUGUAUUUUUUGUUUUUGCAAGGCACUGAAUAACACUGUCCUCAAUGAAAUUUGUUUUGUUUUGGUUUUUUUGCAUUGGUGUAAGCUAAGUGAAGAUAUAUUAUAUAUUAAAAAAUAUAUAAAAAUAUAUAUAAAUAGAAAAUAAACCUUUCAGGACACCCACCGGAAAAGCAGGGCUUUGAGGUGCCCCGUACUUUGUGAUACGCGGAUGUUUUGUAAACCCGUCACGGUGCAUGCCCGGAAUCUGCCGUGCUGAGCCUUUUCUAAGUGUUCCACGUCUGGUACAAAUUAAAACGGAUAAAGCCAAGAUGCCCGGCAGCCUCCUUCGUGCGACAGCCCCCGGCCGGCCCCGCGGAACAGAAGCGGCAUUUUCCGCCCUCUCUGUGCCCCCUCCCUGGCCUGAGGGAGCCUUUGUUCCCUCCCAGUGCCGGAUCUGGCGCAAACCCCACAGUCCCAGUUAACCUCUGCUCCUCCCCUGCUCCCACUGAUGGCAUCGCUGCAGUCCAACGAGUAUUUUCUGAUUUCUGUCUAAUUCCAAUUUCUGCCUAAUAAAAGAGUUUUUACGUUUGCUGUUUCA